AUGGCGACCGCGACAAUGACGAUGCCGCCACCCUCCAAGCCGAAGCAGAAUGCAAAGCUCGCCCCGGAGAAUGAACGGUACAUGCGGGCCUGUUCGGACAUCGCCAACGCUCUCAUCCAGGAUUAUGAGUCGCAGAUGGAUUAUACAAAGCCCAAGAAGGAUAUCAACCUCAACCGACUGCGAAGUCAAGUCGCAAAAAAGCAUGCCUUGAGCAAUUUGCCCCCGUUGACAGCCAUCAUCGCCGCCGUCCCCGAACACUAUAAGAAGUAUAUCCUGCCGAAGUUGAUUGCGAAACCGAUCCGAACGUCGUCGGGAAUCGCUGUCGUCGCGGUCAUGAGCAAACCCCACCGUUGCCCUCAUAUCGCCUAUACCGGUAACAUCUGUGUGUAUUGUCCUGGUGGUCCCGAUUCCGAUUUCGAAUACUCGACGCAAUCCUACACCGGCUACGAGCCCACGUCCAUGCGUGCCAUCCGAGCUCGUUACGACCCAUUCGAACAGGCGCGAGGGCGGGUGGACCAGAUCAAAUCUCUCGGUCACAGCGUGGACAAGGUCGAAUACAUCAUCAUGGGUGGAACGUUCAUGUCGCUGCCCGAGGACUAUCGGGAGUCUUUCGUCGCCCAGCUUCACAAUGCGCUGAGUGGAUACCAGACGGACAAUGUCGACGAAGCGGUGCAGGCGGGCGAAAUGAGUAACGUGAAAUGCGUCGGCAUCACCAUCGAGACUCGACCCGAUUAUUGCUUGGACACUCACCUGAGCAGUAUGCUGCGCUAUGGAUGUACGCGGCUGGAGGUCGGCGUGCAAAGUUUGUAUGAGGAUGUGGCCAGGGACACGAACCGAGGCCACACGGUGGCCGCCGUUGCGGAGACCUUCAAGCUUUCCAAGGACGCCGGGUUCAAGGUCGUCAGCCACAUGAUGCCGGAUCUGCCGAAUGUCGGCAUGGAGCGCGAUCUGUUCCAGUUCCAGGAGUAUUUCGAAAACCCGGCGUUUCGAACGGAUGGACUGAAAAUCUACCCCACGCUGGUCAUUCGCGGCACCGGUCUCUACGAACUCUGGCGGACGGGUCGCUACAAGAACUACACCCCCAACGCGCUGGUUGACAUCGUGGCACGAAUCCUCGCCCUGGUGCCCCCCUGGACCCGUAUCUACCGAGUCCAGCGAGAUAUCCCCAUGCCGCUGGUGACAUCGGGUGUCGAGAACGGUAACCUCCGCGAACUGGCCCUGGCACGAAUGAAAGACUUCGGCACGACCUGCCGGGAUGUUCGCACUCGUGAAGUCGGUAUCAACGAAGUCAAGAACAAGAUCCGUCCCUCGCAGGUCGAGCUCGUCCGCCGCGACUACUACGCCAACGGCGGGUGGGAGACCUUCCUGGCCUACGAAGACCCCAAGCAGGACAUCCUCAUCGGCCUACUGCGUCUACGGAAGUGCAGUGCCACGCACACCUUCCGGCCCGAGUUCACCGGCCAACAGACCAGUAUCGUGCGAGAGCUUCACGUCUACGGUUCCGCCGUGCCGCUUCACGGACGUGAUCCGCGCAAGUUCCAGCAUCGCGGGUUCGGAACCCUCCUAAUGGAAGAGGCGGAACGCAUCGCGCGAGAGGAACACGGCAGUCUGAAGAUCAGCGUAAUCUCGGGCGUCGGUGUGCGCAGCUACUACGGGCGACUGGGCUACAGCUUGGACGGUCCCUACAUGUCCAAGAUGCUGGAACCCUUUGAAUAUGACGAUUUGUAA